AUGGAAGUCGCCACUCUCGCCUGUGGAGCAAUUGCUCGGAUAGUGGUCUACCACCUAUUCCCGUCCGUGCCCGCAACUCUAGAUGGCCAUGUGGAAAUCUCCACGCCCGUCACCUCCUUCAAACGACUCCAGGAGGGCCUGUAUCUCUACAAGCAAGGAAUCGAUCCCUACGACGGCGGAAUCUUCCACCAGUCGCCACUGCUGCUCGGCGCAGUGUCGGCUGUGUCGAAAAUCGUGCCCGAAACCAUCGCAAUCAACAUUCUAUACGUGCUGGCGGACCUGACGGCGGCAUGGGCCCUCGCUCAAACCGCCCAGAGAGCCGCCACCACCAUCAAAUACGUCUUCAAGAAGAAAGAUACAAAAGAGCCGCUGCCGUUUGCUCCUUGGAUCAUCGCAGCAAUCUACCUCUUCAACCCCCUGCUGUUUCUGUCGUCGGCAGCUAAAUCCACAGCUGUGUUCAACAACGCUGCCAUCUGCUACACCCUGGCCGCUGCCACCCACGGCCACUUUCUGACUGCAGCCGCCUCUCUUGCAUUGGCCACUAACCUUUCAUAUUACCCCAUCUACCUGGCUCCUCUUGUGUCUCUCCUGCUCCAUGGAAACAGCGGAACGCCACUCAGAACAAACAAGGCCCAGUACGGCUUCCGGUUCUGCCUGCUGUCGGCUUCUUACACCGCAGCUAUCCUGCUGCUGUCCCAGGCCAUUGCUGGAUCCUGGAACUUCCUAGGAGCUGUCUAUGGUACUAUUCUUACUGGUAGAGACCUCACUCCUAACAUUGGCUUGUGGUGGUACUUUUUCACGGAGAUGUUUGACUUCUUUCAGCCCUUCUUCACCGGAGUGUUCCAAAUCCACGUCUUUCUCUACGCCGCCCCCAUCACUCUUAGAUUCAGCAGCUUCCCUCUGUUUGCCAUCACUCUCUAUCUCGGUCUGGUGGCCCUGUUCAAGGCCUACCCCGAUACUGCCGAUGUGGGCAUCUUCUUCUCGCUGGUGCCCUUCUUCAGACCGCUUUUCCCGCUUCUGAGGUACCCCAUUCCGGCUUUUCUGGCGCUGCUAUACUCUUCGGUGCUGCUGCCCACCUUCUUCCACAUGUGGAUCUACCUGGGCUCAGGAAACGCAAACUUCUUCUACGCCAUCACGCUGGUGUAUGCGCUUGGAAUGACCGUGUGCAUUUCCGACCUUACUUGGGCCAUGCUUCGCCUGGAACAUGACGGAGGAGAGGACCCCAACCUGUCCCAAAUCUAG